CUGCUCACGCCGAACUUGCUCUCACACGAUCUGACAUUGAACACCCACCACAUUGCAAGAGAAGAUACCCAUAUAUACACACCCCUUCAGACAGCAAGCAAACGGCAGAGCAUCGGCAUGAUCAGCGACGCCACCAACAGAAUGACCAACACCACGCGUCCCUCACCGACACCCGUCAACUUGCAAACCCCCUCCCGCUCCCUCCGCGCCCGUAUUACCCGCGUCGAUUACAGCAAUUCCGGCACGGGCAAGUCCGCGCGGCGGCGCGGGACGAGUAGCAGGGCGUCGAGUGUGUUUACGGAUGUUGGGGAAGGGCAUGAGGGGAAUGAGGAGAAUGUUAAUGUCGGGAGUCCAUUGCCUGUGAAGACACCAGUGACACCGGCGUUCCGAAAGGCGGGAUCGACGGGGAGUAACCAUACGGCGUUCAAGCUUGGCCCUGCGGACGAUAUUUUCAGCAACAUCGAGGUGUCGGCUGAGGAUACCAUCAUAGAACAACCCCACCCGCUAACAACCCUCUUUGACGGCUUCGCAAGCAUCCUGGGACUCCUGUGGAGAAUGACGCUUCUGCCCUGGAAAUGGAUGUACAAACGUCGCGCGGCGCUGAAGCUCAUCGUCGUCUUCCUCAUCGUUUCCACACUGUUUUAUUUUCUAAGGGAGUAUCAGCCGUCGAGGGGAGAGAGGCAUUAUGUUCGGGUGCCGGUGGUUGAUACGAAGCCAUCGCUGCCGCUGCCGCCAACGGAACAGGAUUCGGAUCAGGAGUGGGAGAAGGUUAGGCAGGAGUAUCCCAGGUUGAGUGACGGGAUCAAGCGCGUGCAGGGGACCGUUGAGGUGUUGGAGACAAGGGUUCAGGAGACGGAGACGCGGUAUGACGGGUUGGAGAAGAAUGUUCAAAGUCUGGAAACGAAGCAUGAUGGGCUGAAGACACAGCAUGAGGAGCUGAUAACUCAGCAUGAGGGGCUCGCCACGGUUGUCGCGGAUCAGAAACGCAGUAUUGAGAAUGUUGUGGAUAAUGUGCAAGCUGUGGAGCGAAAACAGGCGGAGCACAAUCAGAAAUUGGAUGAGCUUCGGCAGGCGCGGGAUGAGGACCAGGACCGCAUGCGGAGGGAGUUGGAGGCUGCAGAGCAGAAGCGAGCAGAACUUGCGACUCAGGUUGACAACCAUGGAAUAAAGCUGUCAUCUGUGGAGACCAACGCAAACCGCCUAGAGACCAAAAUCGACUCUGUGCGGGACGCGUGGCGAGAAGAGCUAACCGCCACCGAGAAAACCAUGAACACAAAAAUCGACCACAACAUCCUCUACCUCCGCGACGACUACACCCGCCUUGCGCUACAUGUCUCCGACCUCGCAGAAGUCGUCCUUAAAGUUGCCAGCAACCCGCGCCGCCACAGCGAAGACCUCCUUCCACCGGACUACGCGCUGGGAAGCGGCGGGGGGAGGAUUAUACCGAAGUUGACGUCUAUGAGAUACUCGGUGGGCUUUGGGACGCCGUUUUUGGAUUUGGUGGGGUAUAAGAGGAAGCCGGGGAAGGAUCCGAUGACGUUGUUGCAGCCGGAGACGCAGCCGGGGAAUUGUUGGCCUAUGAAAGGCAGCAUCGGUCAAUUCGGAAUCCAACUCAUCCGUCCCAUCAUCCCCACCGCCCUCACAAUCGAACACGCGCCCAAAGAAUCCUGGACCUCUCACGAAUCCAUCUCCGCCCUCCGGCAUUUCGAACUGUACGCCGUCUACAACCCCUCCAGCACCUUCGAAACCGCCGCGGCCGCCAAUGCAACAAAUACCGACAUGGACGCCAACGCCACCACUCCACCGCCGCGCCUACACCUCCUCACCGCUGAAUUUAACCCGCAUGUUUCUGCGACAACCACAUUCGCGGUUCCCGGGACGGUGGUUGAGGCGUUGAGGGGGGUUUUGGAGAGGACGGGCGUGGCCGUGCCGGCGGUGAUGGUGAAGGUGAAGGGGAAUUGGGGACAUGAGGAGUGGACUUGUGUUUAUCGGGUUAGGGUGCAUGGGGAGCCGGUGGGGGAUAGGGGGUUGGAGAAGGCGGGGGAGGAGGAGGGAGCGGUUGGGGAGGUGGUGCGGGAUGGGAGUGCUGAUGUUGGAGACGGGGUUUGAGGCGGUAGCUGG